AAUGUUGUUUUAUGUGUUUCGUAAUAAAUGUAAUUAAAAUAUCAACAUGGCGUUAAAAAGUUAACGUGUAGUGAUAUGAGGACAAUAAAAAUAGUUUAUUAAUAAUGUCCAACGCACCAUCAAAUCGCCGUAAUGGUGCACAAAAAAUUAGAUUAACAAUUUUAUGUGCUAGAAACUUAGUCAGGAAGGAUUUAUUUCGUCUCCCCGAUCCCUUUGCAAAGAUAUCUGUUGAUGGCAGUGGACAGUGCCACUCUACGGAGACCGUAAAGAAUACACUAGAUCCAAAAUGGAAUUCACAUUAUGAUUUGUAUAUAAGUAAAAAUGAUAGUAUCACAAUUUCAGUUUGGAAUCACCGCAAAGUCCAUAAAAAGCAAGGCAGCGGUUUUCUAGGAUGUGUUCGUAUAGUUAAUAAUUUAAUACAAAGGCUAAAAGAUACUGGGUAUCAAUGUCUGGAUCUAGGAAAAGCAAAUGCAGAAGAUGAACCAGUGAAAGGCCAAAUAAUAAUAUCUUUACUGUCUAGAGAUGGCCCUUGUGGGGGAACCCCAUUGGCAAUUGUGGGUCCUCUAGGCGAUCUUAGAGGACCCACAGACCAUGAAAAUUCUAAUUCUAAUACUACAGCAGAGCUGCCACCUGGUUGGGAAGAAAGGAGAACUCCCACCGGCCGUUUAUACUAUGUCAACCACAUCACAAAAUCGACACAAUGGAUUCGACCGCAAAGUAAUGGAAAAUUGAGAACAAACAGGCCUAGAAUAAACAACAAUAAUUCAAAUUCCAAUUCUAAUGUCGAUAAUAAUAAUGUGGAAACUAAUAGAAAUGUUGAACUAGUAAAUAACAACUCGCCGACAACUAGUACCCCCACAAUAACAACAACUACCACUAUAGAUACACCACAAUCACCAGUGACACCGUGCUCGAGCACCUCUCCCGUCGUUAGCCCUCAGAAAGAACAAGCACCGCCAAUGAGGGCGAUACCUACCACAUCAGCAGCUACUCCCUCGCAACUAACCUUUCCAACAGUUUCUCCUACCUCUACAGCUGUAGUACCGGCGCCUAAUAAUAUUAGUUGUAAUGCACCUGCAGUACCUGUCACAACGGGUAGCACGCUGGUCACUGUGACAAAUAAUGGAGGGGGUGUAGUUGGUAGUCCUCAGCAGAGGGUCACAACGAGGGAAAGGAGGCCAAGGCCUAGUAACGAGGGGGAGAGAAGGGAUGGAAGCAGCAGGAGAAGGCAAGGUAGAAAUAGGAAUUCUGUUAAUGUAGUUGCAUCACCUAGUAAUAAUAAUCAAAAUGGGCUGGCCGUGGCUGGGGUAAAGAUGGAUUUGCCUCCAGGUUAUGAAUUACGAACAACUCAACAAGGACAAGUUUACUUUUUUCAUAUACCAACGGGAGUAUCCACGUGGCAUGAUCCUCGAAUACCCAAAGAUUUAACACCACUUAGUCUCGAUUUGGACCAUUUAGGACCAUUACCGCCAGGUUGGGAAAUGAGACAAACCAGUUCCGGGCGGAUAUAUUUCGUCGAUCACAACAAGCGUACAACUCAGUUUACCGAUCCUAGAUUAAAUUCUCAAAUUUUGAGUAACAUUAUUAGGAGGAAUGGAAGUAAUCCACCUGGUCAACCUGUCGCAAGUACGUGUUUAACAGUUACACCUACCACCACUACAGCCACAGCCACUAUUAGUACCACUGAACCAGACGGUCAGUCAUCUUCACAUCACUCAAAUCCAGACCCAGUAUCCCCCAGAAUAAGGCCCGAACAGAUUAGGAACGAAGAUCUACCUCAGAGCCUCCUAAACGAAUCGGAACACCUACCAAAGUAUAGGCGAGAUCUCGUGGCCAAGUUGAAAGUUCUCAGAGCAGAACUAAAUGCUCUACAACCACAAAGUGGACAUUGUCGACUGGAAGUGUCCAGAAAUGAAGUUUUUGAAGAGAGUUACAGACUUAUUAUGAAAAUGCGCCCAAAAGAUAUGCGCAAAAGAUUGAUGGUAAAAUUCCGCGGCGAAGAAGGCCUAGACUAUGGCGGCGUUGCAAGAGAGUGGCUACAUCUCUUAUCGCGCGAAAUGUUGAAUCCUCAAUACGGCCUUUUUCAAUACAGCAGGGACGAUCACUACACGUUACAAAUCAAUCCAGAUUCAUCGGUGAAUCCCGAACAUCUUUCAUACUUUCAUUUCGUGGGAAGGAUAUUGGGAAUAGCGGUGUUUCAUAAUCAUCAGUUGGAAGGAGGUUUCACUCUUCCGUUUUAUAAGCAGCUAUUGAACAAACCGAUUACGCUUCAAGAUAUUGAAGGAGUAGAUCCUGAAUUGCAUCGAAGUCUCACCUGGAUGUUAGAAAAUAACAUCGACGGUGUGCUAGACACGACCUUUUCCGUUGAGAACAAUAGCUUUGGUAUUGUCAAAGUUCACGAACUUAAACCUGGAGGAGCGUCGAUAGCAGUCACGGAAGAAAAUAAAAGAGAAUACGUAAAGUUGUACGUAAAUUAUCGAUUUAUGAGAGGCAUCGAACAGCAGUUCCUGGCGUUGCAAAAGGGUUUCUCAGAACUCAUUCCGUCGACAUCUUUGAGGCCAUUUGACGAACGGGAGCUGGAACUUGUCAUUAGUGGAAUAGGAUCCAUAGAUAUUGCUGACUGGCGUGCGCACACAAGACUAAAACAUUGCACGCCUGAAACCCCAGUAGUCCAGUGGUUCUGGCAAGCAGUUGACUCAUAUUCUGAAGAAAUGAGGGCGCGCCUCCUUCAGUUUGUGACGGGAAGUUCUAGGGUGCCUCUUCAAGGCUUCAAAGCAUUGCAGGGUAGUACUGGAGCGGCGGGACCUAGGCUCUUCACAAUACACUGCGUGGACGUACCCCCACAAAAUCUGCCCAAAGCGCACACCUGUUUUAAUAGAAUAGACAUACCGCCGUACGAGUCGUACCAAGUGUUAUUAGAUAAACUUACUCAGGCUGUUGAAGAGACUUGUGGAUUUGCGGUAGAGUGAGAAUGAACUGUUAACCAAUUAACGUAACUGUGGUAGUUGAGGAGCUCAUUUGGAAGACUGUCAAAGUGCCUUUUAAGUUUUCACCUUCUUAUUCUAUUUCACAAGUGCCUAAUACGCUAGUCAUCUUACAUCUCACGAGCACCAAAUCUCUUAGACGGAAGUAUCAUAGAGCUUAUGCUAAAAAAUACUUUUCUCUGAGUACACUAGAUAGUGACCAUUCAAAACUUUAUUUUAAUAUGUAUUAUACCUUGUGCAAUAAUAAAAUGAGAACUACAAGGCUUUAUUGAUUUUUAAGCAAAAAAAACACAUAAAAAAUCAUAAUUAAACUUUUUUUCGCAAAAUGCGAAGGAACAGGAUUUCAAAUAUUUUUUUUACACAAGUCCAUAUUCUUAUAGCUAUCCACAAUAGUUUUGAGAGUAAUUUCUUUCAUAAAUAAACUAAUUACCAGGUGUUACAAAGUAGGAAAGUAUGAUUCUUAUUCUAUAUGUUGCACAAUGUAAAAUUGUUUCUUUUUUAGCGUUGGGUGCCUAAUCCAUCAAAAAUACGUAUGAAAAAAAUUGCUCUAUCUAUUAAUGUACCUGAACUGAUAUUACGUUGCUUUAUGGCUUUUCACCUAUAUGGGAUUUUUACAGAUCAAGUUUAUUUUUUAUUUAAAUGUAGAGAUAAGAUCUGUAAGAUCUAGGUGUUAAAAACAAUUCUAUAACCUUUAUUUCUUUUUACAAUCUAACAUGUUACUAUCUGGCGUAUUACUUCUACUUAUUCUGUUUAUAUUUUUAGUUAUGUUUAGAGGUUUUGUCCAAUCACUACUGGUAGGUAAUAUGUACUAAAAAGAAACUAUUACUGCGGGUCCCUCAAACCAUUAAGCUAUAGCUUUAGGUAAAAUAGACAAGACUAUACGUUACAAUUACGAGGUUAUAAUUUGGAUUCAAUUUUUUUUAAUUUUCCAGUACCCACUCGUAAUAUUACAGAACUAAAGUGUAAUAGUAUAUAUAAAAAAGAUAGAUCUAUUAUACAAGAGUAAUGUGAUGAUAUUUUAGCCUUACAAAGAAAACGACGAUUUUUGUUAAUCAUCUCAUUUUUUUUUGCAAUCUGGCCUUAUUUUCGCACCAUACAUUUGAUAAGAUAUUUUUACUCUUUUAUACCUUUCGGAAGUGAUUUUACUCGAACUCCUCAAAAUGGUUUGCACCGUUCUUUGCAAAACAACCUCCCAGCCAUUUUAGAAAGCUUGGGAACCUGCUAUGAUCAUAUUAGGUUAAAUCCAAUAUCAUUGGGAUAGUAUCCCAAUUGUGUUUGUGCAACAGCUGCCUUGUAAAUGGGUGCAUUGUGUUGAUGGCAGAUAUUUUUUUUGAGACCAACCAGGGCUGAUUUCCUCUUAAAUUGGCUUCGAAAUAGAAUUCUUUUUACGUACCCAAGGAUAACUUAAUGUCAAACCCCCGUCAUAGAUGGAGUUUAGUAUGCAAACUUUAUCAUAGUUAAAAAAAGAGAAACCAAUUGCUAAAUACAAAGAAUGACAUGGACUAAAAGAUAUAUCUGACCCAAAAAUAUAAUGACGAAUUAUUCGAUUCUAUCGAGCCUCUUUCAAUUUGAAAGAAAAACUUUAUAAAAUAAGUUAUAGCUCUGUACAUUAUCCUCUAUAAUGUUUAUGAAGUAUGGGACUUUGUUGGUAAAAAAUUACAUUGAGUCUAUAAUUGAUUAAAUAUUACAUAUUAAUGAAUAAAAUAUUACAGGACAUCCGUAAAAUCCCACUAAAACACCAAAAACUAAAAUUUUCCAGUAAAUUAAUGAAAACAUUGCCGAUCAUUUGAGCAUCAGUAGAGGAGCUAGGGAGAUUCUCCCACACACAGGAAAAUCAAUGUGUUAGAGAGCGCUCUAUCAAUGUGUCAGAGAUAGAUAGAUAGAUAUAUCUUGACGUCACAAUACAGCCGCCAUCAUUAGGUCGAAGGAAUCUACAUUACCGGUUGUCAUAAUUCAACUUUUAUCCCCUAGGUGUCACUAGUCAGUUGCUAUUUUUAAGUCCACAUUAAUUUGCAAAUUAUUUAGUUGCCAAAUCUUCUUUUUCAUCUGCCAAACCUUCUUUUCUAACUCUACUUUACUUUAUCUUUGAUUCCUCGAUUUUUUAACAUCUGGCAAUCCUAAUUUGUUACCAUUUUUUAUCAGGAACCUUAUAUUAUCAUAUUAAAAAAGAGCUUUAAUUUCUUACGAAAAACAUGCAUAUGUGUUAUGAGCAGCGUAUUUUUUGUUCAAAAUUUAAUUAUUAAUUGAAUUAAAAAUAUUUUCGGCCAUUUUUUGACUGGCAAACUAUCAUCAAUGUAUUCUCCAAAUUCUAAAUGGUUGCAAAAAUGUGAGUUUGAUUAACUACGUUAUGAACGUAGUGAUAUUUCAGUAGAGUUUUGUACUAUUUUGUUUUGUUUUCCAGACCACAAUAUAAAAACCGGAAAUCAAUCAUUACAGAUACUCGUUUCUGACUAAGAAAUGUAAGAACUUGUUAUUUACAUACCAGUCGAUAGAAACAAAUCACAUAUUAGCACUGUUUAAACAUAAUCAGAAGUAUAUGUUAGUAUUAAAUUAAUUUAUCAGGUGAUUGAGACAAAACCCUCGAGCAUAACUGCAUCAAUUUACAAAUGAUCUAGAAUUACGAAACUAUUAAUAAUUGCGUUCAAAUUUAUUCUAUGGUAUUGUUUUUUUUUUUAUUUAAAUAUCUACAACUGUAUUUGCAACAUAUCUUUUACAUAUCAACCUUACUUAACGCCCGAUUUUUUGGUUUUUAUUACCUUUUCUUAUUGUGGCCAAAAAAUAUCUUUAUAAAAAGUAAUAUUUUUAAAAUCGAAACAGUAUAUAAUCUAGUAAGUCAAGCAUAAAUUUAAUGUGCUUAUAAAAGCGCAGAUCAUACAAUAACAACACAAUUUUGAGAGUAAAAACUAAAUACACAAACAAAUUCUAGAGUUAAUACUUAUCAGGGCAGCUAUUUUUGAGCUCUGACGUAUACAGCGUCGAUGCUUUCGGAAAAUGGUACACCAGUAUUUGUACACUACUUAGCUUUCAAGGACUGAUUGAUAGAUCUUCCAUUACUCACUGCUGAUUUUGCUUUAAAUUAUUCUUUAUAUUAUGGUUCGGAGUGAUAUAUGAAUAUGGUCCAAUGAAACUUAGUUGAAAUGCAGGCAAAACUGUAAUUGGAUGAUGUUAUACAAUAAUGUUUCGACACUUUAGGCUUUUUCUUAGAAAAGCUGUAUCUGAGUCGUUGGCACUUAGCGGGGUUUCUUGUUCCAGCUCAUGUGGUCAGUUACUUUCUCCAAACCGAUAUCGACAUCAAAAUCAAUGGAAACAACAAAACCGUCGACAUCAUCUUGAACAUAUGCUGUCUUUGACGAUAAUAUGCCUUUGUAAAACUACUAAACAUCUUUAGGUGUUAGCUUAUACAUUUUCUUCAAUCUUUUAAUUUUUCAGUGGAUAUGGGUCUUCGAUGUGUCCAUAAAAAAUGCAACUUUAGAUCUUUAUUGGAUAGAAUUCGACAAUUGUUUUUCAAUGGUAACCAAUUGGUAUUCUUGACUUAAAUUAGAUCUCAUUAAGAAGUUUUUGUCUUUGUUCAGUAGAAUCUCAUGGCAACUUAACCAAGACACUUUGUUUUUGCUACAUCAACUUAUCUAUUGGUACUAGCUUUGAUCAAAUUCUCAACAGAAAUGAGAAAUCACUUUUUACAAGACGGGUUAUUAAGAAUUUAUGCUUUCUGCGACAUUUAGCUAUUACAUCCAUAUAAUCAUUAUCAAUAUAUAAUCUUUCUUGAACUGUCAACUUUGACUCACCGUCACUGAAUUCAUGGGUCGUUAAGUAAGAAGCUGUGUUGGAUAGUAAACAUCUUACCAUGAUUUUUUCGAUGAUUUUACAGAACAUGAAUUAAUAAUAAACGAUCCCACUUCCUGAGAGCCUUUUCUAUAAUAGCAUCAUUUUCAGUCCAUACAUUGGAUGUUCCCUGAUUUUGGCUGCCGACAUAAAUUCCUAAACUAUAAAAAUUAAGCUGUCUCUUGUAAUACGCUGUUCCAGUAGGAAUUUUAGGUAUUGGGUGACUUUUCUGCAUAUCGAAAGUUGGAGUUUUUUGAAUUUUUGAAAUACGAUUUAUAAAGUUCGUACAUUUUGUUUAAAUUUAAGUCCGGAUUUAGAAAGUUUGAAUUUGUAUCCUUUUUAAAAUAAUGAGAAACAUAUUUUGGGAAAAAAAUUUUAUUCGUUCCAUGAUUUUUUGCAAUCUGGUCAUCUGUACAUUUAUUUUUUUCACCACUAUUCGUUCCUCUACCGUCAAUAAUUUCCAUAUUUUUAGAUGAUUUUUGUAAAUAAACGUCUAUUCGGUUUUGGUUUAUUUGCAGCGUUUUAAGGCUUUUUUACAUAUUUAUUUUUCUCCCAUAACUUUUUAUUGGUAUUUUUCUCGUUUCCUGAUGCCCCCUUUUACUCUACCUGUCUGACUGAAAGACGAUAGCACCAUUGUCAUUACAGUUCCCAUUGUUUUCGUCACUUCCAAUUAUAUCUUCUUCUAUGACGUGAUCAAUAUCUUUUUCGAUGUUUGAUGCAACAUACUCAGUACCCGAAGACUGGAAUAGUUCUUCGUCUGUAUUCGUUCGUAGAUGAGGAGCUUGAGCAAUCUUUUCCCCCACUUCGACAAGAAUUUUUCCUCUAUUCAUCUUAAAAAAAACGUUACUGUUUCAAAAUUGAGUAAUAAUGAGUUAACCCACAACACCUAGCAUUAAAACAACAUUUUCCUUAUUUUCCUUGUAUUUAUUUUCAUCGUAGCUGGUCAGUUCACUUCUUAAACGAGGUACAGCAAAUGCCAAUUAUGUGAGAUUGCAGUUAUUUGCACGAAUGACUUGUUUUCUCAUCGUUUUGUAGAUUAACUGAUUGGAAGCUCCAUAUUUUUUCAGUGGCACAUCUUAGCGAAUUUUGGUACACAGUAUCUGAUAUUCAGAUCGACUUCACUUGCCAGGGUUUCAUUGUCACUAUUUACUUAUCCAACGCUGCUACAAUAGAUCCUUUUUAAACUCUGCAGGCGAAGAAAUCAUAAUUGCAUAUGAGUAAUAUUUUUGUCUACAACUCACAAAAAGUAAUAAAAACACAAAAAAUGUGUCAAUGUUACAAAACGUUAUCGUGAACAUAUCAAUUUAGAGCAAAUAUAUACAUACACAUUAAAAACUUAAGACAUUGUCAACGAACAACUAUACAAGAAUUGAAAGUAACAUAUUAGUUAUAAAAGUAUCUAUUUUUGAUAAAUAUUUCAAACGUUUUGAUCAUUUGAAAAAUACUCACUUCGCUGCGAAUUAAAUAUUAAACUAAGAAAUCUUAUUUCGUAAUUCUAGACACUAUUUCACACUAUUGUAGAUCUUUCAAAGGAGGUAGCUAUAUAUAAUAAAAUUUGUAAAGAAUACUGCCCAAUAGAGAUUUUUAAAUCUCUUGUUCACGUUAUGUGUAUAAUUUGAUUAUUUAUUUGAUAUAUGAUGAUGUUAAAUUAGUUAUUAAAUCUAUUUUUCUAGAAAAGCAAAAUGUAAAUAUUUUUAUUAUAUAUUCUGGUACCUAUAACAUAAAUAUUACAUCUGAUAUUUUCAAUU